AUGGACCAAUUGAAAACAAUAAUACCCACAACCGUGGAAGAGGUCCAGCACUACAUCGACUUGAUCAAGGACAAGAUCCCAACGUCGUUCAAGGAAAUCGAGCCGCAUUUGCAGCAAUUGCAAAACAUCACCGCGGGCGACGUUGUCGACGACUUUAAAAAUUUGAAAAUCAACCCCGUCACCGUGUCGUUGACUUUGGUCUCGUUGACUACCUUGUUCAUACUCGGCAAGUUGUUCAGCUAUGGCGGCGGUAGUGGUGGUGGUGCCAACGUUAAGCACGCCAGGUCCCAUUAUAGCGGUGACGCUGACGAUGCAGACGCUGAUAAGCCCAAGAGGAAGUCCACGAAAAAGAGAUUGAGCAAGGCGCAAAAGGCCAAUAAGGAGAUUCAGGAGAUUUUGGAUUUCGUGGAGUUGAACUAUGUUCCCGAUAUCGAUAAAUACGUUGAGGAUUACGCGAGACUAACUCCCGAGGAACAAGAUUUCAAGUUCAAAUACUUUGACGAGAUGCUCUUGAAGGAGACGAUGAAGUUGGAUGGCAUUGAUGUCAACGGUAAUGAAAUCUUGAGAGAAAAUCGGAAAAAGGUGAUUAAGUUCAUUCAGGAUCAUCAGAGAAGAUUGGAUAAGUUUAGAAAAGAAGUUGCUCAUGUGACACCUGCUCCCGCCGCUGCUACUGCUGCUGAUGGUACUUCUCCUGUUGCUGCUGCUCCUUCUGAACAACUCCUGACUGCUAGUCCUCAGGAGAGCCACCACUAG